AUGGAGCUGAAGUGGGAAUUUGAAGAAGGUCAACAGGUAUUCAAAGUUACCAACAACACAAAAGUCCUGGUCGCAACGGCGGUAAACCAAUUUUUGUUGAUUACCGGCGGUCCUAACUAUUGCUCUGUGGUGCGAUCUAAAGGACCAUUGAAAAAGGACAAAUUAGUACUUUGCUCCAAACAGGUGUCGGCUGACGACAAAGAUGCUGCGGAAGUUUUCAAAACAGGAGUUCCAAAUGUUGAUGUUAUCAAGAUGGAUCAGCGCAUCAGAGUUUAA